GUUGUGUCAAAAGAAGGAGAACUGGCAGAAGAAAACAUUUGGACAAUGGUGGUCCAAAAGUAGUAAAAUUUUAUCGAUUUUCGAGGUGUUGCAUCAAAAGUUGCCAACCGAUCGGUGCGUGUCGUUGCGUCGUGUUCGCCAAGCCGUUUGCCAGGAUACGCGUGUCCGGCACCGUGCGAACGUGACUGGGCUGUAACCGGGGCCGAACAAAACAACGGUUAGCGGAGGGUGCACAUCUCCGUGCAGAUCAUCCUCACAUUCCCACCCCACCCCAUCCCAUCCCGGGCCACUCUGUUGCUGGGGGUGCGUUACGGUGGGCGUGUGUUGUGUCGGUAUGCCUCGUAUCAACUUCAGCCGUACUGAGCGAUUCGCUCAGAUGUCGAAGCAGGAGCAACUGAUCGCACAGAAACGACAGCAGAUCCUAGAGAAGCAACGUACGCUCGAGCUGGCCAAACAGAUUGCCGCCGAAGCCACCAAGGACACGCCGAACAGCGUCACGGAGACGCCGGAAGAUACGGAACCGAACGCGGGUAAGGUGUUGCUACCGUUCAGCAACGACGGUUCAUUCCUCGAACGGUUCAAGCAGCUACGGGAGAAGAUAGUCAAACAGACGGACGAUCAGACGAAACCGGCCGUGCAAGAUCCGGACGCAACGGCAACGGUUGAGGCCGCCCCUGCUGUGGGUGUGUCCGCUAGCACCAGUAGCGAACAGAUGUUCAAGUUUGACGUCCCGCCACCAUCGCUGCUGCCUACGCUUCCACCACCGCCACCGCCUCCACCACCACCCCAGCUUCCGACCAUGGCAGACGAUGUGCAUUUCGAACCGUUCUACGAUCUGCCGCCGGUGGUGGUGGCGGCCGACGGAAACAGUGCGGCGAACGAUGCCGCCCGUGGCGAAGGAACCGCCCAGCUGCCGAACAGCCAAGUAUUUUCAGAACAUGAUAAAUUACCAACCACAGUUGAAGAAUUAAUUCAAUUGGUUGCCGAUAUCGGUGAUGUUUAUGAAGAUAAAUUAUGUUCACGUAAAAAUGAUUUACAUCCGUCGCUUUGGUUCGUGUUCGAUAAGCAAUCGGAGGCGUACCGUGGCUUCCGGCGGAUGGUUGCAGCGCGGCGAGAAACGGCUGACGGAGCAGCAGCAGCAGCUACUGUGGCCGCCGCCUCCGCCGCCACCGCACACAGCAGAAGAGUGAACGAGCCGGUUCCGAUCAGUGGCGAUGAGGAUGACGACGAUGACGAUGAUGAUGCCAAAUACGAUCCGGCCGACGUGCUGGACGAUUCGAUCAUCGACGAUGGGCCGAAGAUGGCGGGCGGCCCCGAAAGCUCGAAAGCGUCCGAAAUUCCCAUUCACAUGAUGCCGAACUUUUACGGCGACGAGCGACACUUUUACGACGAUAAGUCGACGACGGAAACGGACUCGGACACGGAGUACGUGCGCGAGGCACGGGAGCGCAACCUGAAGAAUCUCAAGCGCAAAACGUUCGACGCCGGGAACCGGCGUGAGGACGGCAGUUCAACCGAUUCCGACGACGACUACCACGGUGGGCUGGGAGACAGUGCGAACGAAUCGAUGAACGACAAGAACGGAGGUAGCUCCGGUGCGGGCGGUAGUGCCACGGGUGGCAGCGGUGGUGGGGCCGGAGGAGCAGGAGGAGGAGGAGGAGGAGGAUCGGGCUCUCGUAGCCAUCGGCAGAAGUAUCGCAAAAAGUCACGCUGGGGUGAGAACACCGAUGGCGGGACAGGAACGGCGGGCAGCCAGGAUGGAGCCGGAGCAGCACAACAGCAGCAGCAAAAGCAGCCAGGCAGCGUGUUAGGAGGAGGUCCGUGGACGGGGGGACACUUGAAUGUCCCGCCACCUCCACCGCCACCACCACUGCCAGCCGCGUCGUCGUCGUCUUCGGCCGCGUCGUCGAUCGAUCGCAACAAUCCCGGGCUGCUUCAGUACGUGUUUCAUCACUACGGCACGGUGGCCGAAAUUUCACCAGAAUGCUGGAGCAAGGCGGAGGAACACUACCGUCUGCAGCUGCUGUACGACGAUCUGACGCAGAAGAUACAGCAGCACGAUCGGUUUUUGCGCUGCGUGACGGAAGGCACGCAGCGUGUCGAUUCGGACGAGGAGCGUCGGCUCAACACGGUCAAGCUGGAGGCGAUCAUGUGCUGGAUCAGCGAGAUAACGCACCUGCACGAGCGCAUACGCCCGAAGCACUUGAGCGAGUUUCUGAUGCGCGACGAUUACGAGCGCUUUGUGGAACGGUUUCGCCGCACGUCCGACCGGCAGCCCAACUUUGAGGAUUACAAAGAGUUCCGGCUGCGUGAGGCGAACGGAACGCUGCCCGAGGUGGGGUCGGGUGCAGCCCGGCCGGACGGUGGUUCGGGCAAGCCCGAGUACAGCUCGACCGAUUCCGAUUUCGUGUCCUACCGCGAUCAGCAGUCGGGACAGUCGGGCGGCCAGCAGCAGCAGCAGCAGCAGGGUAGCAGCGGCGCACAGGGCAACGGAAAAUCGGAAACACGCACCACGGAACCGUCGUCCAAUGUGGGCGGGGGUGAGAAGCGAGCCGCCGAGGCAUCGGUGGAAGAGCAGCAGCAGCAGCAGCUGGCCGCAAAACGGCGCAAAAGCCGUUGGGGUGGUCAGGCGGAGUGUGGCCCACAGUUUGCACCCGGGCCUCAGAGCUUCCGGACGCAACCGCCACCACCGCUGCCGCCGGCUCACCCACCCGGACCGCCACCCUCGCUGCCGCCCACCAAGCUUUCCACCGUAAGCCGGACCGAUCCGGCGCUGCUCGCGUACGCACGGCAAAACUUUGGCACCACGAACCUGUCGGAGGACGACUGGCAGAAGGCGGAAGACCACUACAAGAUCAACCUGCUGUACCAGGACAUGCUGCGCAAGCGGCAGGAGAUUGACCGGCUGGCGAGCAGCGGCCGGUUUAAGUACGAGUACGACUCGGACGAGGAUACGACCGGCGGCACCUGGGAGCACAAGCUGCGCCAGCAGGAGAUGGAAGCGACGCAAAAGUGGGCCAACGAGCUGACGCGCCAAUCGGAGGGCAAGCACCACAUCGGCGACUUUCUGCCACCGGAGGAGCUGCGCAAGUUUAUGGAAAAGUACGAAGCGCAAAAGAACAACCGGCAGCCGAACCUGAGCGACUACAAGGACUACAAGCUGCGCGAGGAUAACGUCGGCUUCCAGAUGCUGCAGAAGCUGGGCUGGAAGCAGGGCCAGGGCCUCGGGGCCGAUGGGAGCGGUAUUGUGGAUCCCAUCAAUAAGGCCGCACAGCGCGACAAUAAUCAGGGGCUGGGCAUCAUCGCUCCGGACAAUCCGGAGGUCAACGAUAACGAGUACGAUGCGUACCGGAAGCGCAUGAUGCUGGCGUACCGUUUUCGGCCGAAUCCGUUGAAUAAUCCGCGCCGUGCGUACUAUUAGGCUUCGGUUAGAGCAUUUAGAACAAAAUGGGUGGAACUUCCGGACCGGAUGCACGUUUCCAGCAUCGUGUUUCGAAUCGUCUGCUUUUUCACUGCGAAUGGAUGUGUUGGUAUAUUACACGUUUUGUGCAUUAAGUUAAAGCAUACCUGCGCCGUGAAACCAAAUUUCCCGAACGGACGACAUCGGGAGUUAAGGGAACAAAGGGUAACUGAUUUGCGCUUGUUAGCAAUACUUGGUUAGUGAUGGCCAACUGUGCAGCCGAAACCAGAAGGAUCGCUAUUGAGCGUGAAUAGACGACGGUGUGCUUGUACGGCAGGGAAGAGACUAGAACAAACGAGUAAAAAUAUUUAUGUUGCCCCCCAACCCCAUCAAGCAACCGACCGUCGUCGUGCAUGUGUGAGAUCGCAAGCGGGAGAUUGCGAAACAAGCACAACAAACAAACAAACAAAAAUCCGAUGCAUUGAACGUUCGAUUGAAUUGCAUGUGAAAUCGCUUCUUUGUGUACACUGCGUUCUUAUAGCUGAAGUAAAGUAAAUUGUCAAGAUGCUUAAGUGUAAGUAAAAUAUACAAAUUGUAAUAAAUAAAGGGCACAGUAUGUUCGUCUGCAACAAACUA